AUGAGUGCAGUUUAUGAGGAGCUCCGAUCAGCUGGAACUUUUUGUGACGCCGUCCUCAAAGUUCAAGACGCUGAAUUUCAAAUCCACAAAGUCAUUCUGUGUGAAUGUUCUCCGUACUUUGAAGCUCUUUUUGUGCGGUGGUCCAGCCCAAACCAAAGGGAUUAUGACAUUCAGGGCAUCACUCCGGUCAUCAUGGAGCUUAUCAUUAAGUUUGCAUACACCGGCUCUGCUCAUGUAACGGCGGACAAUGUGCAGGGCCUCAUGGUCACGGCCAAUCAGUUUGAAAUAAUGGAUGUUGUACAAACCUGCAGCCGUGUCCUGGAGGAGCAACUCUGCCCAGAGAAUUGCAUAAGCAUUUGGAAAUUCAUAAGAUUCUAUUCUAUCUCCAAUCUGCACCCUAAAGUCUACCGCUACAUUCUGGAUCAGUUUGAGAAAGUGAUCUCCAGUGAACAGUUGCAACAGCUCACUGUCCAUGAAUUUGCUCAUUUUCUUGAACGAGAUGGCCUUAUUGUAAGGGCAGAGAGCAUGCUGUAUGAGGCUAUCAUGACAUGGAUUGGCAAUGACCCAGAUCAACGAAAAGGACACCUCUGCUAUCUGAUGUCGAAGAUACGACUGUGUCUGAUGAGGAUGCGGUACAUCAUGGUAACUGUGCUGUCAAAUGAUCUGGUGAAGAACGACUCUCAGUGCCUCGCCAUGGUCACCAAAGCCUCCAGAAUGCUGCAUUACCUCUACAAUAACUUUGGUGGCAGUACGCUCUCCAACCCCUUUGUUCGCCCGCGCCUACCAAGUGCCAUUCUGUUCGCCACUGGAGGCAUUACUGGAGACAGCCCCAUCGAUAGCGUCGAGGCGUAUGACAUUCGGCUCAACCGUUGGCUCACGUUCACACUCAUUGCAGAACCCCGUAGUUACCACGGCACCGCCUUCCUGAAUGGAUCCAUCUAUUACAUCGGUGGCUACAGCGGAGAGGGGUUUUCCAACCGUGCGCUCAGAUUUAAUCCUGCCAUGAAAACCUUUCAAGAGGUGGCGCCGAUGCAUACGUGCCGCUGUUACGUCACUGUGACUGUGCUGAAAGGGCUCAUCUACGCCCUGGGAGGAUUUGAUGGGCAGAUGCGUCUCAGUUCUUCAGAACACUACCAGCCUGAGAGCAACCAGUGGACCCUCAUAGCACCCAUGCGCCAAAGCAGGAGUGAUGCAGGUUGUGCAGUCCUCCACGAGAAGAUUUAUGUUUUUGGAGGAUUUGAUGGGUGGGACUGCCUGCAAACCGCUGAGUGUUACGACCCACAAACCAACCAGUGGACAGUGAUUUCCAACAUGAGUAGUCCCCGCAGUCAAGUUGGAGCCGCUGCUUCUAAGAAUCUCGCCUAUGUGGUCGGUGGCUUUGAUGGCAACAACUGUCUGGCCAGUGCUGAGGUCUAUGAUCCAAGGACCGACACCUGGAGCGUCUUGCCCUCCAUGAUAACCAGGCGCUGCAACUUUGGCAUCGAAGUACUUGAUGAUUGCAUCUUUGUGGUUGGCGGCUCUGACAGCUUUCGCGCCAUCCGUGCUGUGGAGCGCUUUGACCCGGUGCAGAAUCUGUGGUUUGAUGUCUGCGACUUGCAUGUCUCACGGAGAGCUGUGAGCUGCUGUGUGGUUUACGGACUCCCCAACAUGGAGGACUACACCUUAAUUCGAGACAGCUUGCCAUUCUUUCAGUUAGACCAAGAGAUGGAGAAGGAGGAGCGAGAAGAUAAGGUGCCACAGCCCAUGUCUAUGGUUAGCCCUACACAGGACCGCCCCGACCCACACCACGGUCCAGGAACCAUCGUGCAGGGCUUCUACCAUUCAGGCCAGAGGAGUCAACAGAAUGACAUCCUCCACAGGCAGACCAGACACAACUCCCCAUGUGGAGGGCCCCCAUAA